GUUCACCUAUAUAAAGAUAGUGUGGCGUGGUCAGCUCAUCAUUCAAUCGAACGGAUCCACAACAACCAACAUGAAAUUCGUCAUCUUCGUUGCCCUCCUCGCUCUCGCGGCCGCCAAGCCCGACAAGCCCUCGGACGAAGUCACCGUCGUUCGUGACGACCGCGUGUACCCCAGCGCCAGCGGCGAGUACAGCCUCGACUUCGAGACCAGCGACGGAACCCACAUCUCCGAGUCUGGUGAUGGCACUGGCCCCGAUGGCGCCGUCGAGUCCCAGGGAACCGUCCGCUUCGUCCACCCCGACGGUGAGAGCUUCGAGCUGAAAUACGUCGCCAACGCCGAGGGAGGAUACCAGCCCGAGUCCGAUGCCCUGCCCGUGGCUCCUGAAUUCCCCCACGAGAUCCCCCAGUUCGUCCUCGACCAGAUCGCCAAGGCUGCCGAGGAAGACCGCAACCGUGACAACAGCGAAGAAGAGCGAAGCUACGAAUAAAUAUUUCGAAAUUUCUGACUGGCGAUGAUGCUAAUUGCGAAAAAAUGACUGAUCGAAACUGCCGAACGAUCGUAUUCGAUUGCCGAACGAAACGACUAUGUCGAACGACUAAUGUAAAAUAUGUUACGUUGUGAAUUUAUUAAAACUCCGAUCAAACAAA